CGAUUACAAAUAUCAAUCCUGUCAUAGGUCCAAAAGGGGGAACUGCUAAUAUCAUACAAUGACAGCCGUAUCUACUUCUACUUCUACUAUAGUAGGAGCAUUAGCAUGUCAAAGAAAUUCAUAUUUGAAAACUUUUAAAACUACAGUAGUGUCAAGUUACGAAUUUGUUCCACCUCCAACUGCUAAAGACAAGCAAAAUAAGAAUAAGAAAUCUAAAGAACCUGAAUUACCUAAAGAAGUUCAAUAUGCAGUAGAAUUACAUGAUACAAUUCUAUUUCCUGAAGGUGGUGGACAACCAUUUGAUACAGGAUCUAUAAUAUUACCCGAUGAAAAAUCUAUUACAGUAAAAUCUGUUUUAAGAGAUAAACUUAAAGCAUUACAUUUAACUGAUUCACCAAUUGAACCAGGUACUGAAGUUACAUUAAAAUUAGAUUGGUCAAGACGUAUUGAUUUAAUGCAACAACAUACUGGUCAACAUUUAUUAUCUGCAGUAUUUGAUACUUAUAAUUUAGAAACAUUAAGUUGGUCAAUGGGAGAUUUAAUUAAUUAUAUUGAAUUACCAGAAAAAGUUAAUGAAGAAAUUGUUAAUGAAGUUAAUAUUAAAGUUAAUAAUUUAAUAUUAGAAAAUGUUCCAAUUCAUGUAGUUACACCAGAUGAACAUGGAGAAGAAAUUGAUGUAUCACAUAUUCCUGAUGAUUAUGAUUUAUCCAAGGGAAUUAUUAGAAUUGUUAAAAUUGGUGAAUUAGAUUCUAAUCCAUGUUGUGGAACUCAUUUAUCUUCAACUUCUCAAAUUCAAGCUAUUUCUUUAUUACAUCAAACAAGUGUAAGAGGUGGACAUUCUCGAUUAUAUUUUAUUUGUGGUUCAAGAGUAUAUCAAUAUUUAAGAAAACAAAAUGAAUUAUUAAAGGAUGUAUCAGGAAAUCAAUUAUCAUGUCAAAUUGAUGAAGUUUCUGAAAAAGUGGCUUUAUUAAAUUCAAAUUAUAGAAAGGCCCUUUCUCGUGAAUCUUCAUUAUUAAAAGAAAUUGCUAAUGUUGAAGCUGUAAAACUUUUUAAUAAAUUUAAAAAUAAUCAAUUAGUUGAUUAUGUUUAUCGUAAUGAUAAUAAUCCUGAAUAUUUAACAUUAAUUCAAAAGGAAAUCACUACAUUAAUCAAUGGUGAUAAACUGAAAGAUGUUAAUUUAUCUGAUAAACAUACGCUUAUACUUAUUAAUGGAGAUUAUCCUUCAGGUACUGGAGGUAUGGUUAAAAUUCUUGGACCAAAGGCUGAAGAAAUUCAAGUUGAAUUAAAACAAAGAUUAUCUAAUAUUAAAGGUGGAGGUAAAGGAUCAUCAUUUCAAGCAAAAAUCUCUAAAUAUGAAAAGGGAGAAAUUGAAUCAGUUUUAAAUUAUUUAGAUACAUUUCGUGAUUAAUUAAUUAGUUGCUUAUGUACAUGGAACUAUAUAAAUAUAUAUGUAUAGAAGUAGAAGUAG